CAUUACAAUAUUGUUUUCAGAGCUUUAAUAUAAUGAAUAAAAAUUAAAUUGUUUUUUUUUUUACUUUUUGUUAUAUAUAAUGAUUAUUUAUCAAUUGUCAUUGUUUAGUCUUGUUACAAAGUAGCAAAGUGUAGAAGCUAGUGGAAGAGUAAAAUUGAACGUUGAAAUUAUUUUUUCAAUAUAAUCACAAAAUAUGUUGAACGCAAUACCAGUUAAACGCCAUGAGGCAUUAAUAAAUAAGUGUAAAAAUAUUCAGCCUCUAGCAAUUGGAUCUAAUCAUUUUCAUCUUGAAUUUGAGCCAUUAACAGAGGCUCUUAAAGAAAAAGCAAAAACGGAGUUGCGAGAAACACCAGAGAUUGUUGAUCAAGGACUUGCUGAGAUUAAAAAAUUAAUUAAAGAAGAUGCUGAAUUGAUGGUACCUGAUGAUGAUUAUUUUUUAACAAAAUUUUUACGUCCUUGCAAGUGGUAUGCCACCUCUGCCUUUGAAAUGAUGAAACGAUACUUUAAUUAUCGUAAAGAUCGUCCACGUUUUUGUACUAAUUUAAUGCCAAAAAAUGAACGUGCGGUUUUUACAUCAAGAGUUUUAACACCACUGCCAUUACGUGCAAAAGAUGGUUCAAGAAUAAUUGUAAUUCAAGGUGGUAAACUAUGGAAUCCAAAAGAAGUUAGUGUUGAUCAAUCAUUCAGAGGUUUAAUGAUUUUAAUAGAUACUUUUUUAAAUGAACCAGCCACUCAGAUAAGCGGUUAUCGUUUAAUAAUUGACAUGGAUGGUCUAUCUAUGAGUCAAAUUAUUCAUUUUACUCCACCUUAUGCUGCUGCUGUUAUUGAAUGGCUCCAAAAAUGUUGUCCAGGUCGUUUUAAAAGUACUGACAUUAUCAAUCAACCAUAUAUUUUUAAUAUUCUUUUUGCAAUAUUUAAACCAUUCAUUGAUGCAAAAUAUCGUAAACGUCUUUUUUUUCAUGGUAAAAAUCGUGAUGAUUUAAUGUCAUGCUAUGGUAGUCAAGCAUUACCCAAACAAUACGGUGGUGAAUUGGAGUAUUCUUUAGGUGAACCACUUGAAGAAUCAUUAUGGGAUUACUUGUGUAAUUUUAAUGAAGAAUUUCAAGAUUUGGAAAACAUGGGCUAUUCAAAAAACAAAUAAUUUUAAAAUAAAA